AUGUCCAGUCCUCAAAGUUCCUCUAAACACGUGACGCAAUGGCUGGGCCUUACUGGCCUUACCUCACGCCUCACGCGUCCUGGUAUCGACAUGGAACGCUUCCAGCCUGAUGGGAAGUGGCCCAGUUGCAAGCUUGCGUUGAUGAUGGAAAAUCCCAAAAAGACACUCCCAUACGCUCGUGAUCCAGAUCUCGCAUAUGAUCGCACUCGCAACAACCUUCUCGAAGGCCUCAAGGUUGCAAAGGCGGUGACCGAGGCGACCUCUUUCCUUGGACCUAUGAAGGCAGUUUGCGAGCUCGGUAUUCUCUUCCUGGAAACGACAAAGGUGAGAUCUGGUUUCGCGCUCAAAUCUCCUCCGUUGGCGCGUGCUGAUUACUCGAUGCCAAAGGCCGUUGAUGAAAACACGUCGAGCCUCAAUGAAGUUCACCAGAGGCUCUCUGCCCACAUUGGAAUCUUGGAUGAAAGCAUUGGGACUUUGCCUUCCGAGACACGUGGGCCAGCAGCGAUUGCCGAAUUCCAACACGCGCAACAGCAAUACGUAGCUGGCCUCAAAGUCAUUCGGGACAGGCUCAAAGACAUGCUCGCCCAACGAGGCAGCGUCAGCUUGCGUAGUAUCCUCGGAAAGAUUGCAGACGCACGCAUUGAUCCAGAGAUUAUUGCAUCGAUCAAGGAAGAGAUUGCCCAGCUCUCGAAAAUCUUUUCCGUAGGCAAUUCGCAAACUGCGGCACCGGCUGACUCGACGUUUUCUCAGGAAGCGACAUCAAGAUCCAUGAUUGUCCUUCAAGAGGAAGCAUGGAAGAUGGCCAGCCUUGGGCCUGAGCAGGCCCGACCCAUGGGUACUCAGCACCAGCUCUGCUUGCCUGGGACGCGAACUUCAGUUCUCCAAGAGAUCCGCAACUGGGCUACUGGCGAAGAUUCCGAAAAGCCUAUCUUUUGGCUUUGCGACAUCGGUGGGACGGGUAAAUCCACUGUCGCGUAUACGCUCUGUCAUGAGUGGGAUACUAGCGAUCAUAUAGUCAUUGCUCGUUUCUUCUUCUCGAAGAAUGCCCGGUCGACAUCAGAGACGGACAUUGUCUGCACGACACUGGGUAAUGAUCUCGGCUCCAAGGACAAACUAUUCGAACCUAUGUAG